GCAAAAUGAAGGCUCUCCUUGCCCUAGGGCUCCUCUUGCUUUCUGUCACUGUCAACGCGAAGGUCUUUAAACGCUGCGCGUUAGCCAAACUUCUGAAACAAGACGGAAUGGAUGGCUACAAGGGAGUCAGCCUGGCAGACUGGUUGUGUUUGGCUCAUCAUGAGAGCAAUUUUAACACAAAGGCUACAAACUACAACUCUGGAGGCCAAAGCACCGACUACGGGAUAUUUCAGAUCAAUAGCCGAUACUGGUGCAAUGAUGGCAAAACCCCGAAAGCAGUGAACGCCUGUGGGAUAUCCUGCAGCGCUUUGCUCCAGGAUAACAUCACUCAAGCCAUCAAGUGUGCAAAGAGGGUUGUGAGGGACCCACAAGGCAUUAGAGCAUGGGUGGCAUGGAAAACCCACUGUCAACACCAAGAUCUCUCCAAGUACGUCAAGAACUGUGGAGUCUAACCGCUGUGCGUUUCCACUUCAGCUCAUCCUGUCUCUUUCUCGCUCUAGCAGUAGUUAUGGGAAAGGUCACACUUCCUUGGUGUCCCCUUAAAACAGUCAGGAUAAACCAGGAACAGGAGAAAAAUGGAGCCUGUUUCCUAAGUGGCUGACUGCUACCUUACGUGCUCAUUGCUUUAAGGAAAACCUCCAUCUUUUGGGUAGCUGAUGCAGCAGAUGCUGGUCACACUGGUCAAAGACUUUAUCAUCACACACAUCUCUAUGUUCUUCACCUUAUGAUACCAUUCACAUUAAAUUUCACUGGAAUUAAUCUCUAUCUCUUCCUUGUUGGAUACACAGACAACAAAUAUUUAAGGAGAUAAGUUGAUAUUGUGGCAAAGGGCAGCUAUGUGAGCUGCAAGGCCUCGUGUGUGGGUCCAGCACCUAGACAGUUAGAACACUGCUGUGUGGGGCACGUUUGACUUUUAAGGGAAUGGAACUGGCAGUUCAUAGAUCUGAAUCUGCCUCAGCUUGGAAACUUGUUGCCAAGAAAUGUGUGACCUUUCCAAAAAGUAUAGAGCUGUCCCAUUUAUACCACUUAAAAUAUAAAUUCUUAACUCAUAGUCAGGCUGUUUUAAUCCUUAGGAGAACCCUCACGUGCUGAUCAUGAGGUAUUCCAGAGAGAUGGGUGACUGUGGUAGCCCUUGAAUUUCUUCAAAUAGCUUCGUGCAUAUUAACUCUGAGACAGAUGAGCUUG